CAACAAGCUUGCAAGUUUCACCUAUGGAUUCUCUCCUCUACUUUUCUGAUACAUAAAUACUCAAUGCUAGGGCAUUUCUCUAGCAUGUUUUUAGUGCCACUCCUACUAGUACUACUAGACAACUCAUAAUGGCCUUAGAGGGUGCUCACACCUUUCCCUUAUUGUUUCUUUUUCUUAUCAUUAUAAACUUGAGCUAUUAUAGUAGGGCAGCAGAUGGUGGUAGUUCUUCUGGCUUAGCAGCUUCUUUCAUUUUUGGUGAUUCUCUAGUUGAUGCUGGAAACAAUAACUACCUUCCAACAUUGUCUAAGGCAAAUAUCCCACCUAAUGGAAUUGAUUUUAAGUCGUCCGGAGGUAACCCUACCGGCCGGUAUACCAAUGGAAGAACCAUUGGAGACAUUGUAGGGGAAGAACUAGGGCAACCAAAUUAUGCUAUCCCAUUUCUAGCUCCAAAUUCCACAGGAAAAGCUAUAUUAUAUGGCGUAAAUUAUGCUUCAGGAGGAGGAGGGAUUUUGAAUGCAACUGGAAGAAUAUUUGUUAAUAGGCUAAGCAUGGACAUUCAAAUAGACUAUUUUAACAUUACUAGAAGAGAGUUCGAUAAAUUGUUGGGUGCAUCCAAGGCAAGAGAAUACAUUAUGAGGAAAUCAAUCUUCUCUAUUACAGUUGGAGCUAAUGAUUUCCUAAACAAUUACCUUCUUCCAGUUCUGUCUGUCGGAGCAAGAAUUUCUGAAAGUCCUGACGCAUUCAUCGAUGACAUGCUUAACCACUUAAGAGCCCAACUUACCAGAUUAUAUAAAUUGGACGCUCGGAAGUUUGUUAUUGGAAAUGUUGGACCAAUUGGCUGCAUACCAUAUCAGAAGACUAUAAACCAACUGAAGGAAAAUGAAUGUGUGGAAUUGGCUAAUAAGUUAGCGGUUCAGUACAAUGGUAGAUUAAAGGAUUUGCUUGCUGAACUGAAUGAUAACCUUCAUGGAGCUACAUUUGUUCAUGCCAAUGUGUAUGCACUUGUCAUGGAACUUAUCACAAACUACGGAAAAUAUGGGUUUACAACAGCAACCAGAGCUUGUUGUGGAAAUGGAGGGCAAUUUGCAGGGAUAGUUCCAUGUGGACCUACAUCUAGUAUGUGCCAGGAUCGUUCCAAACAUGUAUUUUGGGACCCUUACCAUCCAAGUGAGGCUGCUAACCUUCUACUUGCAAAGCAACUACUUGAUGGAGAUGAAAGGUAUAUCUCUCCGGUGAAUCUCAGGCAACUCAGAGAUCUUUGAUUGUAAUUCUGUGCGAGUGAGUGAGUGAGUUCUUCUUUUGGGCUUGAGUACUAUCCAAUUUCUUGUUCUAUCAAGAGGGUUUUGCUCUGCUUAAUUAGUGGUGAAGCAUUUAUAGACAAUUUGCCUUUCCUUUCCUUUUUUCUGUUUGUUGUUCUUUGUUUACUUACCUUUGGUUUCUGAAUUACAGUGAUUGAAAUACGAAUUCCAGGCUCAAAAUUGAGCUUAAAUAAAAUGUUAGUAUUGAAGUA